AUGAAAUCGAACUGGUUCUGCUUCGGAGCGCCAAUGACGAAGGAAGAUGUUCACGCAGUUCAAAUCCGAAGAGUAACGCGGCUCCCGACUUAUUAUCCUCCCCAAAAAGUAACCUCAGCUAACUAUUCCACUGAGACUGCACCAGCAGCGAUGAAGAGUCCUACUUUUGACCAAAAGGGAGUGGUGAAAACUUUUGGAAUGGCAAAAUUUAGGAAAAGUCAAAAGGAGCGCAGAAGAAGAGGAGAACAAACUGCCCAAAAACAGCAAGAAUUUAUCCCGACAGAAGUUCCCGUCGACGUCCCUGGCGAGCACAACUCACGCUCCACCGCCGCUACUCCGAAAAACACCCGGCGCGGCAAAGCCUUUUCCCGAAGUCAGCGAGGCUACAAAAGUCUUCCUUCCCGCCGCCCGAAUCGCAACGACUUUUGA